UAUUUUUUAAAUGUCGAUAUCUCGAACGAAUGUCGACAGACUUUAUCAACACGGAUUCGUUGAACGGAGGGAUCACGUGAUCGCCUUGUGCGCUACAUAGUACGUGCUAUCGAUUGCCGAAUUUUCGUCUAUUUGAAUGACAGAAUGAAUACAUCCUUACUUCUGCGUAUCUCACGGUUUAAACCAAUUCUGGCUAGAAACUUGAAUUGUUGGACAGCGGCUAUAACAAAGAAACACCAGAAUGUUUAUGUAAAUACAUAUCCUACGAUUCUCGUUCUCCCUGAUGGAAGUAGCAUAAAUAUUGAAUAUAAUGAACCAAGAAAAAUAAUUGUCCUUCCACUCAACAUCUCAGAACUUUCAGAAGAACAACAGAGGAUUAAGAUUAAUAGUCGCAGGUCAAAGACUAAGAUUGUUCUAGUUGAGGAGCAAGAAGAUGAUUUUGAUGAAAUGAAAUAUAUAAAAAGAAUGAAGAAAUGAUAAUUAAAAAAGUAAAAAAAAAAAAAAAAAAUUAUAGUUGUAUUUAAAGGUUUUUACAUAUUAAUAAAAUGAAAAAAAGAAUUGAUGUAAAGCACAAUAACAUACAAGAAGAGUAUUUAAUGAUUCACUUCCUUUUUCAUAUUUAUAUUACGUCGAAUGUCGCGCUAUUUAUUGUAAUUGCAAUGCUGUUUUUUUUUCUUUUUUUUUUUUCAUACACAAUCUACCAGAUGACCUUGCAGAUAGAUAUAACAAUUCAAAUAGCACGAAUUAUAUUUACGAAGUAGAUAUCGAGUAAAUAAAAUGUAGAGAUAAUUCAAUAAUAUUAUGUAAAAUAUGACCAAGUAUGAAAUUACAUGUUGCAAUUGUCGUGAUAAUUAAAAAUUCCGUUAUCUAAUAUCCGAUAUCUCAUUGACCCACGAGCAUAUUUUAUUUUUUGUUGCAUAAUGAACACUUUUAUAUUGCUCAUUAUUAUCGAAUGAACGAAUAAAUAAAUUCAAAAAGAUCGAUGACGCGCUCCACCAGAGGGAUAAGUCGUGUUAUUUUAUAUUUUAUAAAUAGAGCUAUACACAUCGAGCCACAAAUCUUGGGAGUAUUUUUCGUUUAUAAAA